GACGUUACGGUUCUGCCUGUCAACAAUAAAUACUAACAUCGGAAAACAACGGCGAAAUGAUUUCCAACCAGCCUGCGUUAUUACAGCAAACGCUGCCGCAGCGUGUCCAGACUCGUCUGAAAUGCUGUGUAGCUGGCUAACUCAAGGAGUAAAUUUAAGCGUCGUCUUCUCCUAACACUGCCUGUUCGUGGCCUUCGGAGUGAAGAGGAAAUGACCCAGCUGAGUGUCCGUCGAUGGACACCGAAACACGUAGCCAAAUGGCUGAAGGAAGAGGGCUUCUGCGAUUAUGUAGACUUGCUUUGCAACAAGCAUCGACUGGACGGCACCAGCCUGCUCACCCUCAGCGAGUACGACCUCCGCUCGCCACCUCUGGAGCUCAAGGUGUUGGGCGAUAUCAAGCGGCUAAUGGUGUCGAUCCGCAAGCUCCAAAAACAGAACGUGGACGUGCUGGAGGAGCUGGGUCUUCCCUUUGAUGGACACUCUCCUACAGGUUCUGGAGGCACUUUGGACUGGCUGUGUAACGGAGAGCCCGGCAGAGACGGUGACAGGACAGACACGGCACCGGUUGGAGAAGAGUAUCACAAGUACAGUAAUGGGAAGUACAAGCAGCAGACGAGGCGUCUAGAUCCAGAGUACUGGAAGACGGGGCUGAGCUCCGUCUACGUGGUGUUUGUGUUUGGCUUCACUUCCUUCGUCAUGGUCAUAGUACAUGAGCGGGUGCCGGACAUGCGCACAUACCCUCCUUUGCCAGAUAUUUUCCUAGACAGCGUGCCUAGAAUCCCGUGGGCCUUCGCCAUGGCUGAGGCAUGUGGUGUGAUCCUCUGUAAUAUUUGGCUGCUGGUUCUGCUGCUACAUAAACACAGGUCCAUCCUUCUGCGUCGCAUGUGCAGCCUCAUGGGGACAGUGUUCAUGUUGCGCUGCAUCACCAUGUUCGUCACUUCCCUCUCCGUGCCAGGACAGCACCUGCAGUGCUCAGGAAAGAUGUAUGGCGACAUGUGGGCCAAACUGCAGCGGGCGGUGGCCAUCUGGAGCGGGUUUGGGAUGACCCUGACGGGAGUGCACACGUGUGGCGACUAUAUGUUCAGCGGUCACACUGUGGUCCUCACCAUGCUCAACUUCUUUGUCACAGAGUACACCCCGAGAAGUUGGAACUUCAUCCACACAUUGUCCUGGGUCCUCAACCUCUUCGGUAUCUUCUUCAUCCUGGCUGCACAUGAACACUACUCCAUCGACGUCUUCAUCGCCUUCUACAUCACCACCAGGCUCUUCCUGUACUACCACACUCUAGCCAACACCCGGGCCUACCAGCAGAGUCGACGAGCCCGAAUCUGGUUCCCCAUGUUCUCCUUCUUCGAGUGUAACGUCAACGGGCCCGUUCCCAACGAGUACUGCUGGCCCUUCUCUCGGCCCGCUGUGCUGAGGAGGCUCAUCGGGUAGGAACAGCUGCUACACGGCUCGCUGCCCCCCUCUCCCCCAGUUCAUCAUCCUUCUUCUCCUGCCAAUGUGGGUCUUGUGUAAUAUCGUCACUGACGUUGGUGACUAGCGUGACGCUGUCAGCGCUGAGGCCUGAUGGGAUACAAUGAGCCAAAACUUGUCACAUGCUGUGACUUUGCCUGCUUCUCCCCGUGUCGUCUUCGUUUGGGUGGAUUCAAACCCGGCAGAGUUCGUCACCCUUUGCUGAAUCUGAAAACAGAGCUGUCACAUUUAUUGGUGGCUCAUCUUUACUGUAAAGAGUUAAAAAGGGGUCAUAUUAUGAAUCUUUUCAACAAGCUAAUGUCGGCAGGCAGGAGAAUUGCUCCAUGAUUGGUGGAUCUCAGUCCUGCGUUAAUUAUGGGAACUCGUCUCUGGGACCCGUGUUGCCAGGGCUGAGUACGCUAAUCCGUGAACUGAAAAGUUAACUGUGAUAACGCUAUACCAAUAAACUGCUAAAGCAUUUAGCUGAAGCUGCCGCUAACCACAUUUGAAUUCAGUUUGGCUUUUGUUUUGGCUCUAAAAAUGAACCUAAAGAGCAGAAAAUUUAACAAGUUAAAGUGUAAACAUGGAGGUUAAUGAAAUGGAUGAACAAUUGGCCACAUGUUCUCUAUUUUCUGGAGUAUAAGUUGCUUUUUUUGCUAGCUUGGGAGACCGUGCAACCUGUACUCAGGCGUGACUUAUAAGCUGAAAAAUCAUACAUUUAUUAUUCAUAAUCGUAACUGUAAUUAUUUAUGUAGUACUUUAAAGGGAUUCAAAGCACUAAACAAAAUAAACUCCAAUAAUAAAAGAAUAAAUGCCAAUAAGUCGUACACUUCCACAAUGCACCAACAUCCCAAAUUAAUUAGCCGAUAAUACAGAAAAAAGGUACAACUUGCUUAUGAGUUUUUCCUCUUCAAGAAACAUUUAUACUCCAGAAAAUAUGAUACAUAAGUAAAUGAAGUGAAAUUAAACAGUACUUUCUGUUCAACACACUUAAUUCACAGUGCUGCAAGUAUUAAAUGGCUAAGCAGCAUUAAGAAAUCAUAAUAAAACAUGGAAAAUAAUUUUAAUCUAAUGAAUGCGUUUAGUUGAGCCUGACCUGCUCCUCCGUCUCCUCGAGGCGAUGCUUGUUGCCUUUGUGCGAUCUGCCAGUUUCACUUAUUGGAUUAGUUUAUAAACUCUGACAGGAACAAACAUGAUUUUUAAGGUUAACAAACAUUUUCACAAAUUAUUCAAGAAAUGUUAGCAGUUGCAAACGCUGUCGCUAACAUAUGCCAAUAGCUGCUAAUGUUUGCACAUGGUUAUUUGCCAACAUUCGCGCUCAUGUUGAUAAUUGGCACUAAAUGUCGCUAAUGACAGGUGAACACUGAUUUUUGGUGAAUAAUAGAUUUGGAAAGCCUGAUUUGCACAAUAUGACCCCUUUAAUUUUUUUUUUUUUUUUGCUUUCACUGUGUUUUUGAACAUUCCCCAACUAAACGGAUGACAUUUAUCAAGUAAUUUGCACAAAAGUAAAAAUGCACAAAGAUUUGAGGAAUGUCUGAAAAUAUAACUUGGUGUAACAUUUCUUUUCUGCCUUCCCAAACCAGUGGAUUAACGUUUUUACCUCCAUAUAUUAUUUGUAGGGGUUCUUUUUAGUACAGUAUUUUAUUUCCAUGCUAUUUUCAUUGAUUGUAUUCCUCGACUUCCUGCUGUGCUUUUGCCGAUGUUACGAAUUAAUCCACCGGUUAUUUUAUGAUCCAACACAUAAUUUGCCUUUUUUUUUCCCUCUUAGUGGAGCUAAUGAUGAAUAUGUUGAACAAAAUGUCAUCAGCCAAAAUGUGGAAGGAGAGAUUUAUUCCCCCCUGUUGUCUUAAAUUUAAUUCCAUUUGCCAAUCUCACUACUGUUGAUUUCUUUUAAUGAA